CCGCAGAAAACAUAGAUGUUUCCCAAGCUCCAUACUACUAUUGCCAUUUUCAUCUACUCCUCUCCUCAAACUUCUGUUCACUAAACCAAAGAAACAGAAUUAAACAAGAAAACAAGUUAAUUACAAUGGAUCCAUGUCCUUUUGUUCGUUUAAUAAUCGAAUCAUUAGCUCUUAAACUACCAUUAGCAGCAACUAAACCAUCUGGUCAUCACGUAAUCCACCCUUCCACAACUCCCUGUUACGCAAAACUCAAGCUCAAAAACUUCCCUUCCCAAAUUACCAUUCUGCCCCUCUCCCCCGCUUCAACCGACUCCUCUCCUCCAGACUCCUCCGCCGUCGCCGCCGGUUUCCACCUCGACGCUGCCGCUCUCCGUCGUGUCUCAGCCAAACCGGUUACUUUACACGUGUCUGUUUUUACUGGACGUAUGGGUCGCACGUGCGGGGUUAGUUCGGGGAAGUUGAUUGGUUCUGUUCAGGUGAGUGUUGAUUUUACUGGGGGGCAUACGGAGGCGCGUGUGUUUCAGAAUGGGUGGAUGAAGUUAGGUACGGGAGAAAAACCGGUGGCGAUGUUACAUUUGGUGGUUCGAGCUGAACCGGACCCGCGGUUUGUUUUUCAGUUUGGUGGUGAACCGGAGUGUAGCCCGGUGGUUUUUCAGGUUCAGGGGAAUAGAAGUCAGCCGGUUUUUAGCUGCAAGUUUAGUGCUGAUCGGAAUAAUCGUUCGCGAUCUCUUCCAUCUGAUUUUAACUUAAACAAUAGAGGUUGGAUGAGAACAUUUUCUGGAGAAAAGGACAGAACAGGAAAGGAAAGAAAAGGGUGGAUGAUAAUAAUCUAUGACCUUUCAGGAUCUGCUGUUGCAGCAGCAUCAAUGAUCACACCAUUUGUACCAUCACCGGGUUCUGAUCGCGUUUCGCGAUCAAACGCCGGUGCAUGGCUCAUCCUCAGGCCAAAUGGUGCUUCUGUUAGUAGCUGGAAGCCAUGGGGUCGACUCGAGGCAUGGAGAGAAAGAGGACCAGUUGAUGGACUUGGUUUCAAAUUUGAACUUGUUACUGAUACUGGCCUUACUAGUGCUGCUAUACCAAUAGCUGAAGGCACAAUGAGCAUGAAAAAAGGUGGACAAUUUUGCAUUGACAAUACAGUGAAAGACUCUGUACUGAGCUCAAAUUCGCCAAUUCGCGGAUUUGUGAUGGUGUCAACUGUGGAAGGUGAAGGCAAGACCAGUGUUCCGACGGUUCAAGUUGGGGUGCAACAUGUAAAAUGUAUGGCUGAUGCUGCUUUAUUUAUCGCUCUUUCAGCUGCCAUUGAUCUUAGUAUGGAUGCUUGUAGGCUUUUCUCUCAAAAACUUAGGAAGGAACUUUGCCAUGAUGAUCAAGAUUCAUACUUCUAAAACUUGGUUGACAAAGCUCUAGCCCUACUAUAUAACAACAACGACAAUAACAAACCCGGUGUAAUCACACAAGUAGGAUCUGGGGGAGGGUAGUGUGUACGCAGCCUUACCUCUAUCUUGUGAAGGUAGAGAGGUUGUUUCUGAUAGACCCUCGAAUCAGGGGAAGCACUCUAACCCUACUAUACAUUCUUUUAUUCACUUGCAGUGAUGACCAAAAAAAUACCCUGGUUUGAGCAUGAAAGAUACCCUUUUUCUUCC